AUGUCAAACGACAACGACUAUCACUCUGUACCAGUUGACGAGUCUAAAGAGACAAAAGAUGCCAACGCAGCUCCAGUAAAAACUGUCGAUGAUUUUCUAAAAAUGGGCAACUACUGCUUUUUGAUCCUACUAAUCUCUGAAUUCAUAUUACUGGGUGCUGCUGGCAAUAUGAUUUUCAUGAUUUUUGCUGCCAGCGCUCCACGUGUCUCCUGUCACGGUGCUAACUUUACUAUCAAAGAUGUAUGCAAAACUCAUAAAAAUUUGUCCGCCCUGAGCGAUUGUGAUCUGGAAAUACAGUACGAAUUUAAGUCCCUCAAUGUUGAGGUAAAAACCUGAAU